GAUGUAUAGUUAAUGCUUUUGCUGCCUUUCCUUUUAACGCGCAGAGCCAUGCUAUCAAGUCAAUCUCAUAUGUUGUAAAACAACAGGUGUUUAUGAUACCACGAUGGCUAAUCCUGGAUUAUUGACAACACCGGCAUGACGUGAAUCUCCAUUAAGUAUGAAAAUGUUGCGACUUUUCAGUCAUGUAAAGACAUAAACUGCUCUUGUCCUUUUUACCUACAAAGUGGAUCGAUAUUUUUGCGUCGUUGUUUAUGCAUCCUGUCACGAUUACGAUUGCGGUCAUUUGGAUGGUACUUAACUGCCCAACAGGAAGGAUACAUUAUACCGUUGCUGUGAAGAAAACCACAAAAAACAUCCUUGCUGACUUGCCGGUACAAACGCCAAGGCAGUGUUAUGAUGAGUUUUACCUGAAGUAAAGCGACCACCUGCCGUGACGCCGCGAUGGAACCCAGCACCUAGUGGAUAGCACGUGUAGGAUUUAAUGCGUGGCCCGGGUCAUCACCGUAUGACUAAGCUCUCCUGCAGAGCAUGGACAUCGUUGCAAAACGAGUUUUGGAUGAAAAACUGGUAAUUAGUUGAACAUACACCUGAGUCGAAACAGUCUCGUUUGUACUCAUUGGACGUGAGCAUUGUCUGCACUGACAGCUGCAGUUGGGCUGUGGGUUGUUAGUAAUUGGUGUGGUGAAACGAUUGACUCUCGCAUACUUGCUGUUUUCCAAUUAACCCCUGUGUCUUGCUGUUCACUUUCCUGACUCUCUGUAGAACUAGUCUAACAGAGAAACGCGUGCUUAAGCAAAGAUUACGCAUAAUUACGCACGACAUUUUACGGCGAAGUGAGUUAUUUUGAGUGAUACAGUGAGAAAUAGUAUUCCAUUGAGGGGAGACAUGAAUCCAUCAACUACUUGGUUCUUCCCUAAUUUCAAUCUCGGAAAAAACAGUUCAAAUGAAUUUUCCGUUUUACCAAGCAAAAGUAAUGCGUCCUUCUGCAAAUAAAUUGCAACAGUGAUGUGAACAAAUGGACAAUAGUGCCUUCUCGACUGGAUCAAGUUCUCAUCCUUGUGAUUACUAGAAGUGUUCACGAACCCAGGAACUGUUACCUGUACGCGUUCCAGUUGUUUGGCAGACCUACGCACGUAAUACAACCACGUGAGGCAUUGUCUAGUGGCAUAGCAGAAAGGGACAAUGCCUUUCAGCGGAGAUUAUCCGCCGUUUAUGGAGGUGAGCCAGAAAACUAUGUCUGUGUAGAGGACCUAAUGGUACGAUACGAAAUUAGGUUUUAUAACUUAUUUCAAGAAGGAUUACCAUCAUGACAUUCAUCACAACGCAGUGUCCGCUCGUUUGUCCAUUUAACAGCUUGGUUACCCAUUAAAUCAUCCUGUCCACUCCAGUUUAUAUAGACUAAGGUCCAAGCUGUAGUCGACAUGGCUGGACAGGCUUACACUAGUCCUGCGGUCAAUGGCACUUUCGCUGACCAGUAUGUAACUGAUUAUAAUGGAAUGGCCACCAACAGUUCAAAUGUUACCGGAAACGCUUCGGAACCUUUUAAUGAGGAGGGUUAUUUGGAAAUGUAUCUUGGUGAACGUUACAUUUCAAUCGGAGCGGUGAUAUUUCUCACUACAGUGUAUGCGUUGAUAUUUGUGACAGGUGUUCUCGGGAAUACGUGUACGUGCAUCGUGAUUGCUAGAAACAAGUACAUGCAAACAACCACUAACUAUUACCUCUUCAACCUGGCUGUGGCAGAUGUGUUGACAUUGCUUCUAGCUCUACCACCAGAUGUCUCAACCAUAUGGGAAGCAUAUCCAUGGAGGUUCGGGCUCGGCUUCUGCAUCAUCAAGUCCUUCGUGUCCGAGAUGACGGCCUAUGCUUCAGUUUUAACCAUCACCGCCUUCACCAUCGAGAGAUACGUUGCCAUUUGUCACCCUCUCAAAGCCCACUCCUGGUCGUCCUUGUCUCGGGCGGUGAGGAUCAUCCUUCUCAUCUGGACAGUUGCGUGUGGCUUGGCUUUACCCUACCCAAUACACGCCAGGACCUUCUAUGGUGUCCAACACCCUCAAACGGGAGAAAACCUGGAAGACUCGUUGUUGUGUAAUAUACCCGUGGACUUCAGAGAGCGGAUGAAGUACAUGUUCCAGUUCUCUACGUUUGCCUUCUUUGUCAUUCCCAUGGUGGUGAUUACUAUAAUGUACGUGUUGAUUGGAGUUCGGUUGUGGAAGUCGCAGAUGGCUGUUGAUGAGAAGAAGAACAAGACAGCGGCAGAAGCAGCCUCCAAGGCCAGGAAGGCCGUGCUCAAAAUGCUCGUUGCUGUUGUGAUAGCGUUCUUCGUCUGCUGGGCUCCCUUUCAUACACAGCGUCUUAUGACAAUCUACAUACCACAAGAGCGAUGGACAGACGACCUGCUGAGGUUGCAGACCUAUAUUUUCUAUAUUUCAGGUCUCUUGUACUUCGUCAGCUCCGUGGUCAACCCGAUACUGUACAACGUCUUGUCCAAGAAGUACAGAACAGCUUUCAAGAGAACGCUGUGUCAGUGCUGGCCCAAGAGCGGUUACACCAACGACAUGAGUGUGUACAAGUCAUCGCGAUCAUGUGGAACGUCUGUUACGAUCUAUACCAAUCAUAAACUGUUGCCGAAAGAGAAGUCACGGAUACUUAAUUCAGAUUCUGAGAUUGUUCACUCCGCGCUGUAGGAACACCACACAUACGUUAUAUUUGUGUACAUAGAACACCUCCAGACAGGAACACACCUUGCAUAUUGUGAUUGUGAAUUAAAAUGCACCACCAUAGAUCGCAUUUACCAUUGUGUAUAUAAAUUAUGGAAUAUUGUGAAGGAUAUUGAAGGAAUCUCUCAAACAUGUUGUCUUAUAAGGCAGAGCAUGCAUGCCACACUUUGUUAAAUAUCAAAUAUUGGUAGAUAUUACUUUCAAAUUGUAGUAUAAAGGCUAUGGGUUUUUUGCAAUUAGAUUUGUUCGUCAUAAUUGGAUACUGCGAAAAUGUCCCUUAUGUUAAUCCAUACAUUCAUGUUUUUGACGUGGGAGACUUCCAAGAGUAGUGAAUCAUCGCAUUACUGUCUUUGCCAGUUUUUCGCCCUUCAUUUUCACAUUCAAAUGACUUGGGAAAUGUUGUCGACUUUAAGACAUUUAAUUAUUUUUCUCCAAGUGCGGAAAUGACAUGUGUUUGAACUGAAGUGCCAUAUGUUUUGUAAAUCGUGUUUGAAAGUAUGAAGACCCACGACACGUUCGCAUGAUGUCUCAAAUGAGGCGUUUUCUUACCUAAACCGACAUACGUUUUGCUUCACAUUUUCUCACAGUCAUAAUUUAGAUUGAUGUAAAGUUAUUUAUAAGCAACAUUUUUAUGACAGCUAACAAUUCAUUACUGUCAGUGAUCAUGUGCUAAGAUAGCUAAACUUUCUAGACCAUCAGUGAUGGUAAUAUACGAUCGUUGUGUUGAGAAACAUGCCGAGAGACAUCCCUGACAGCAGAUGUAAAAAACAUCUCUUGGAAAGGUCGUAAAUGGAAAUACCAAGGUUUUAAACAGCAAGAUGAAUCUGGACAUGAAAUGGAUCAACCUAACAAACUUGAAAUAUGAGGAAUUAAUUAACUCUUCCAAGACCAGAUGUUGAUGUAUUUAUAGGUUUCAAAAUAAUUAUGCUUUGCACUAAGUUUGGUCGUCCAUGUAUUUAAUUGAAUAUACAUAUGUGUGUUGAUGUUGUAACACGACACCUGAUGCGUACGGGUCAUGUUUAAUGGCAUAGACAUAUCAGGGAAUACCUUUUUCAGCAAAAACAGAAUUUGAAAACCGGAAAACAAAUGAUUAACUUAUAUGUAUUAAAAUUCUUACCUUUUUGUGAUUAAUAGUUCAUUUAUGUGUCUGCUAACGUAAUUUAUCGAAGUGAUUUAAUCAUUUAAUAACGGGAGGAUAAUCAUCGCUGAAAGUGUUUUGGUGUCUUUAACAGAUAAUUCAGUGAUGAUCAGGAAAACGUGGUUACAUUUUGAACUAUUUUGACCAUUUGGUAUGUGUUUAAUAUUACCCAAUAAUAAUUGGAGGUGUCCAAGUCUGUUCAGUAUGGCAUCAAGUGUCUCCUAAGAUUUGAUUUAGGUAUUUAUUUACUAUUGUAUCAUAUGUAUAUGGGGCACGGGUGGCCGAAUGUGCCACAAUUCGCUGUGCAGAGUUGCGUCCCUUAGGCAUGCCAGAAACCUGUGAUUGCGGUUCUAAUCCCGGUUCGUCCUGACAAUGUUUCUAGAUUUGUAACACUGCACCAUAGCCAUUGUCAUGGGUUACACCAAAAUGGUAUUUCACCGUCUACGACAUGUAUCACUGCGGUGUUUCUUACCGAAUUAAGCCGCCAACUGAAACUAUGUUCAAAAUGGCGUUAAACCCAACUUCCAUACAGCUACUAUGUAUGAAAAUGAUACUUUUUGAACGAUUGUUUUGUUAAAGUCUUGUAACAUCAUUGAACUCAGGCCUGUUGUAUAUACUUUGAUUCUAAUUUUACUCGUCACAUGUGCUAUUAUAGAUGUGCAUUGUUGCUAUUACUUGAUCAUGGGUUCGAACCCCGUUUCGCCCCGAGUAUGUUAUUAGGUUUGUCAGCAAACCGUGCUCUUGGCUAAACGCCCCGUCUUGUCAUCACGCUCAUGAAUAAACAUAAAAUCACAAAGUGUUUCUCUGCCUGAUUAGAAUAAGUAGUAAAUGUCCUAUGACCCGUAAUUUAUUAGUAACACUAAUUGUUUCACCGGUUUCAAAAAUAUUGCUUGCCCUUGUAUACACGAUAAAGAAUUAACAUUCAUAAGAAGCUUUCAAAAUAUCCAAAAGGAACUGUAUUCUUACAAAAGCGAAGAAAGAAAAUUAGAAGGUCUAUCUUUUCUAUCAUCGAGUCCGUAAACUAAUUUAUAAAAAAGGCAUAUCUCAGCAUUGAUAAAACGUAACCCCUUUUAUUUAGUCCGGAAACCCCGUAUUACCAAAAGUUGCUUGUGUAAUGUCAAUAUAUAUAACAAAUGACUUAAGUCCAGACGCAGUUUACCUGAAUCUAAAUUGUUUUAAAUGCGGGCAUCUUCACCGUUUCAGUUCGGUCUAAGAGGGCUUAUCUGUAUAUAGGAAAGAUGUGAUUACAGUAUCAAUAUUUUGUAUGAUUUUUUAAAUAUUUGUUAACAAUAACAGUUUACGCACGCCAGUCUUGUCAGCCAUGUUAGCUAUGGUAGCAUGUUAUUAUAAACUUGUCAAUUUCUCAGGUUUACAAAUGUAUUGGAAAUAUUUCAUUUUGUGAAGUAACUUUUUAACGUUUUCCCUUAACAUGGACUCCCGUCAAGCGUAGCUUAAGUACACGUGAAAUAGAAUAUUUAGACCUGCAGAGAUGCGAUGUUUAUAUUCACGUUGUAACCAUUUUGGAAAUAAUGGUAAUUUGAAUCCCAGAAUCAUGCUGUCGAAAUGGCAAUUACAUGUGUCGUGGAUAUGUUACAGUCAAUGUGUCAAUUUUCACUUAGACUGUUUACAAAAAGCCAAAAUAUUACAAUUAUUUCACAAUUAUUUUUAUAUUUAUUGUAUCAUAAUAGCGAAUUCCAAACAUUUCUUACCUCUAUUUCGUCACACAGUGACUGAAAUUGAUUGGAUUAAAAGACAACCAAAGUCAAUGUAUAUUUUAUUCUUAUUUUUGCUUCUAAUCCUAUAAUUAGUUUAAUGUGAUGUUUAUAAGCCCUUUUGAACUUCUUAAUAACUUUAAGUCAAUCUGACGAAGACAUAUUUUUGUAAAAUGACGUUUUGUAAAUUGCCUAUGUGGAAAUAUCAGUCAUUUUACACAUUGAUCGUGACAUAUAUUCCGGUACGUACCUCAGCCUACAUUGACUUAAUGCUCAUCAAAUUGUUUCAGUAUACAAUACAGCUUGCUCCACUCUUUGGUUAUAUAUGACUUAGUAAUAUUUCUUUAAACCAAUCAUCCUCAUGUUAGGUAUUG